GUUCGGGACUCUCUGGGUGCAGCGUUUAAUGUGAUGUGGAAAUUAGGGUAAUAAUACUUUGAGGUCGUGGUUUAUAGUAUGGUGUAAAUAAAUGAGGUCCAGCGACCACAAUCAUACAUUAAUAUUGAUACUGUCUCCGUAUUUUGGGGGGUUCCACCCGGAAUGUUUUUGUAGCUGUACGCGUCCAUGUCCCGCCGUGAUGUUCAACACUGCUAUGUCAGGUAAUCACACCGAUCAACAAAUGUCUGCUCUAGAGCAAACGAGGACUAGCCUUUGCGACCAAUUUGCCUCUAUCUCUGGAUCGGACAGUGCUGUGGCGCAGUGUUAUCUAGCAGAAAAUGAAUGGGAUAUGGAGAGAGCAUUGAACUCGUUCUUCGAGGCUCAUAUGGAUUCAGUCUUUGAUGCUGAAGAUGCAGAGGAAACUAAAGAUGUGUCUGGGAAGAAGAGAAAGGGGGUGAAUACUUCUGACACUGCUGAGGCUUCAGGAACAAAGAAGAAAUUGAAGACAGACUGCAUUGACCUGACAGCGGAGGAACCCACCUGCUCCAGCAGUGUGGACCCCCAAGAAAGUCAGGCUGGAAGUGUUGUAACCGAAUCUAACGCGGAGGACAGCAAGCUCUCCAUCAUCAGCUGGAAUGUGGAUGGUUUGGACACAUUAAGUCUUGCAGAGCGUGCCAGGGGCUUGUGUUCAUAUCUAGCUCUAUAUACACCAGAUGUGGUUUUUCUUCAAGAACUCAUUCCAUCUUAUAUUCAGUAUCUUAAGAAACGUGCUGUCAGCUAUCUGUUUGUUGAAGGAAGCGAUGAUGGAUACUUCACUGGGAUUAUGUUGAAGAAAUCAAGAGUAAAACUUCUGGAAAGUGAGAUCAUCUGUUAUCCUACAACACAAAUGUUGAGAAAUCUAUUAGUUGCUCAGGUGACUUUCUCAGGUCAGAAGCUAUACUUGAUGACAUCACAUUUAGAAAGCUGUAAGAACCAAUCAGAGGAGAGAAUGAAACAACUGCGAGUUGUAUUUCAAACGAUGAAGGAAGCACCAGAAGAUGCUACUGUAAUUUUUGCUGGGGACACCAAUCUCAGAGACACCGAGGUGGUAAAGGUGGGAGGUUUGCCUCCAGGUGUGUGUGAUGUGUGGGAACAGCUGGGCAAACAGGAACACUGCCGAUACACUUGGGACACCAAAGCAAACAGCAACAAGACUGUGCCUUACAUCAGCAGAUGUCGCUUCGACCGCAUCUUCCUUAGGUCUGCUAAAACCGGCCCAAGAGUCACUCCUGACCACAUGGUGUUGGUUGGAAUGGAGAAACUGGACUGUGGCCGUUACACCAGUGAUCACUGGGGAAUUUACUGCACUUUCAAAACAUGAUUAUUAAAUCCCUAGAAACUUAGGAC